GUAGUGAAGCGCGUGAGUCACGCAGUCGUUUCAGUCACAGCUGUUCGGGUUUUCCACCCGGGGUGCGCCUGGAGGUGACACUCGAGUGGCGUGGGGUGCUUGGGCCCUUCUGGCGCUGCGCGGCUCUGGGGGUCCAGGAGCCGUUCUGGAUGUAAAUGCUGAACGUGCGUGGAGGUUCCACCCGUGCUCGCGCUCCGUGUUUUGUGGGCGGGCACCUGAAAUGGCCGCAGAUGACAAACGGUCUCCAACGCUGGACUCUGCCAGUGAUCUACCUCGUUCUCCUAGUAGUCCAUCUCAUCUCACCCACUUCAAACCUCUUACUCCUGACCAAGAUGAGCCUCCUUUUAAAUCAGCCUACAGCUCUUUUGUAAAUCUCUUCCGUUUCAGCAAAGAUGACGGCAGGCUUUCAUCCCCGGCAGAGCGAGCAGAGGCAGGACAGAAUGAUCCGCAAGUGUUGAGUGGUGGCUGGUCCAGUCCUCAGCAUCCGACCAGGGCUCAGUCUCUGAGGUCACCAAUUCCUUACAAAAAACAACUGACUGGCGAGCUACAAAGAAGAUCUUCUGCAACCUUGGACAAUCGAAGAAAAGUAGAACCACCUCUUGGAGGUCAUGAUCCUCGAACAGCAGUUCAGUUGAGAAGCCUCAGCACCGUUUUAAAGCGCCUCAAAGAAAUCAUGGAGGGGAAGAGUCAGGACAGUGACUUGAAGCAGUACUGGAUGCCUGACAGCCAAUGCAAAGAGUGCUACGACUGCAGUGAGAAAUUCACCACUUUCCGACGGAGGCACCACUGUCGACUUUGUGGGCAGAUCUUCUGUAGUCGAUGCUGCAAUCAGGAAAUCCCUGGAAAAUUCAUGGGCUACACAGGGGAUCUCCGAGCCUGCACUUACUGCCGGAAAAUAGCCUUAAGCUACGCGCACUCCACAGACAGUAACUCCAUUGGAGAAGACUUAAAUGCUCUGUCGGAUUCUGCAUGUUCUGUGUCAGUGCUGGACCCUGGGGAGCCACGCACACCGGUUGGGAGCCGGAAAGCCAGCCGCAACAUCUUUCUGGAGGAGGAUCUAACCUGGCAAAGUUUGAUUCACCCAGACUCUUCAACUACCACGUUGUCUGCACGCCUUGGGUCUGUCCAGGAAGAUGCAGGGAAGUCACCAGCUAGGAACAGGUCAGCCAGCAUCACUAACCUGUCACUGGACCGCUCAGGUUCACCAAUGGUCCCUGCCUAUGAGACGUCCGUCAGCCCCCAGGCCAGUCGCACACAUAUGAAGGCAGAGACCAAUGAGGAUGAGCGCAAAAUCCUUCUGGAUUCGGUCCAGCUGAAAGAUCUGUGGAAGAAAAUCUGCCACCACAACAGUGGGAUGGAGUUUCAAGACCAUCGCUACUGGCUGCGGACACAUCCCAACUGCAUUGUUGGAAAAGAGCUGGUCAACUGGCUCAUCAGAAAUGGGCACAUAACCACAAGGGUCCAAGCUAUUGCAAUAGGACAAGCGCUGGUUGAUGGACGCUGGCUAGAAUGUGUCAGUCAUCAUGAUCAGCUCUUCAGAGAUGAGUAUGCUCUCUACAGACCAUUACAGAGCACGGAGUUCUCAGAAACCCCAUCUCCAGACAGCGACUCCGUGAACUCUGUAGAGGGGCACUCUGAGCCAUCCUGGUUCAAAGACAUCAAGUUUGAUGACAGUGACACAGAGCAGAUUGCCGAUGAAGGAGAAGAUAACUUGGCCAACUCUGCCAGCCCUAGCAAGCGCACUUCAGUCAGCAGCUUCCAGUCCACAAUGGACAGUGAUUCAGCCGCCUCCAUCAGCCUGAACGUGGAGCUGGACAACGUGAACUUCCAUAUCAAGAAGCACUCCAAGUACCCACAUGUGCCCCCUCACCCUGCCGACCAAAAAGAGUACUUGAAUCCUGAAAACGGAGGGCAGCAGAUGUUCUCCAUAAGUGAUGCCUUUAUUAAAGAGUCAUUAUUCAACAGGAGGGUGGAGGAGAAGUCCAAAGAACUCUUUUUCACGCCUCUAGGCUGGCACCACAGCAAUCUGGAGCUGCUGAGAGAAGAGAAUGGGGAGAAGCAAGCCAUGGAAAGGCUGCUAUCUGCUAAUCACAACCACAUGAUGGCACUGCUUCAGCAACUUCUAUACAACGAGUCCCUGUCACUGUCCUGGAGGGACAUUAUUGUGCCUGUGGUGUGCCAGGUAGUUCAAACUGUACGGCCUGAUGUCAAGAACAGAGAUGAUGACAUGGAUAUCCGCCAGUUUGUCCACAUCAAAAAAAUCCCUGGUGGAAAGAAAUUUGACUCCAUGGUGGUGAAUGGAUUUGUUUGCACUAAGAAUGUUGCGCACAAAAAGAUGAACUCCUGCUUAAAAAAUCCCAAAAUUCUUUUGCUGAAGUGCUCAAUUGAGUACCUCUAUAGAGAAGAAACAAAGUUUACCUGCAUAGACCCUAUAGUACUUCAGGAAAGGGAGUUCCUGAAGAAUUACGUACAGCGGAUAGUUGAUGUCAGGCCUAAUUUGGUCCUUGUUGAGAAGACUGUCUCCCGAAUUGCCCAGGACAUGCUCUUGGAACAUGGUAUCACUCUGGUCAUCAAUGUCAAACCGCAAGUGUUAGACCGUGUGAGUCGGAUGACCCAGGGAGACUUAGUGAUGUCUAUGGAUCAACUGUUGACCAAGCCACGUUUGGGAACAUGUCAUAAAUUUUAUAUGCAAGUUUUUCAGCUGCCCAAUGAUCAGACAAAAACCCUGAUGUUUUUUGAAGGGUGUCCCCAGCACCUGGGUUGCACGAUCAAGUUGUGUGGUGCUGCAGAGUACGAGCUGGCUCGUGUGAAGGAGAUCCUGAUCUUCAUGGUUUGUGUGGCUUAUCAUUCCCAGCUGGAAAUCUCUUUCCUUAUGGAUGAGUUUGCCAUGCCUCCAACUCUGACCAAAAAUGCCUCCUUUCACUCCCUGAUUGAGGAGCCAGGAGAUGAAAAUGAAGAACAGAACCUCUUCAAUGGUGAGGAUUUCAGCACAGCAGUCAGAGACAUUGAACUGUCCUCUGAAAAGCUGCCUGUGAUCUGUGAGUCAGUGCCCUCUGACGAGGUCAGCUUGCUGGAACAAGGAGGUUUGUUUGAGAGAGGCGACCAAGAAAACAGUCAGCUGGAAAUGGCGUCCUCAAAACAGCAGGAGCACCACAAAGCAGAGUCACCAUUUCCAGUGUUCAACUCUGUACCUGCUGCCAUACCUGAAACAUCCCUGCUGCCUCUCCAUGGCAUGGACCAGCACUUGGGCACUCUGGAUAGCCAGCCACUGGAGCCUCUUCAGCAGGCAGAUGAUCUGCAGGAGCCCAAGAGCCAGAUGAGAGUCUUCAGAGACCCUCUCCAGGAUGAUACUGGUUUAUAUGUUACAGAAGAGGUGGCUUCUUCUGAAGAUCGUCUCAAGACUUACUCUGCAGCAUUUAAGCAGGAGCUGAAAGAUGUCAUUCUCUGUAUUUCUCCUGUAAUGACGUUCCGCGAACCGUUUCUUUUGACUGAAAAAGGCAUGAGGUGCCCUGCCCGGGAAUACUUCCCCGAGCAAGUUUAUUGGUCUCCUCUCCUCAAUAAGGAAUACAAGGAGCUGGAGAGCAGAAGGAAGAGACAAUUAUUGCGGGAUCUCUCUGGACUACAAGGGAUGAAUGGGAGUAUCCAAGCCAAGGCUAUCCAAAUCUUACCUUCUCACGAGUUGGUUAACACUAGAAUAGCAGAACAUGUAGGUGAUAGCCAGAGCUUGGCCAGAAUGCUGGCUGACUAUCGGGCCAGGGGAGGGCGGAUACUGCAGAAAAUCACAGAUCCCUUUGCCCAAAGUAAGGAUGUGUCUGGUGUCCCUACUGGAAAAACUGGGUGCAGAGCUGAAGAGGAUGAGAAGGGACUGGCUCAGAGUGAAUCCUCGUGGUCUCAUAAGGUGGAUUGCCUGAGUCCAGUAAACCAUCAGAGGCUCUGUGUUCUCUUCAGUAGCUCUUCUGCUCAGUCCAGCAAUGCUCCAAGUGCCUGUGUUAGCCCCUGGAUUGUGACCAUGGAGUUCUAUGGGAAAAAUGACCUGACCCUAGGGAUUUUUCUGGAGCGGUACUGUUUCAGGCCCUCCUACCAAUGCCCCAGCAUGUUCUGUGAAACACCGAUGGUGCACCACAUCCGCCGCUUUGUUCAUGGGCAAGGCUGCGUGCAGAUUGUGUUAAAGGAGCUGGACUCCCCAGUCCCUGGGUACCAGCACACCAUUCUCACUUACUCCUGGUGUAGACUGUGCAAACAGGUGACACCAGUUGUUCCUCUUUCCAAUGAUUCUUGGUCUAUGUCUUUUGCAAAGUACCUUGAGCUGAGAUUCUAUGGGCACCAGUACACUCGAAGGGCCAAUGCGGAGCCUUGUGGUCACUCCAUUCACCAUGACUAUCACCAGUAUUUCUCCUAUAACCAGAUGGUGGCAUCUUUCAGCUACUCUCCAAUCCGGCUGCUUGAAGUGUGUGUCCCACUCCCCAAGAUCUACAUUAAACGGCAGGCUCCAUCAAAGGUUACUAUUUUGCAGGAUCUCAAGGAUUUCUCUCAAAAGGUGUCACAAGUGUAUCUUGCUGUUGAUGAUCGCCUUGCUUCUCUGAAAACGGAUACUUUCAGCAAAACAAGAGAAGAGAAGAUGGAAGACCUGUUUGCCCAAAAGGAGAUGGAAGAGGGAGAGUUUCUAAACUGGACUGAGAAAAUCCAAGCGAGGCUGCUUUCAUCAUCGUUAGACACUCCUCAACAGCUGCAAUCUGUUUUUGAGUCUCUGAUAGCUAAAAAACAAGGACUUUGUGAGAUGCUACAAGCAUGGAAUAAUAGAUUACAGGAUCUCUUCCAACAAGAGAAAGGGAGAAAAAGACCAUCAGUACCACCUAGCCCUGGGAGACUGAGGCAAGGUGAAGAAAGCAAGAUCAGCAACAUGGAUGCUUCCCCACGCACUGCGUCUCCAGCACUGCAAAAUGGAGAGAAAGAGGAUCGUUUCCUGACUGCUUUAUCAAGUCAGAGCUCCACAGGCUCCACCCAUCUUCAGCUGCCCACCCCUCCAGAGGUGCUAUCGGAGCAUAUGACUGGUGCCAACACUCUGUCUGAACAGGAUACAACAAGCAGCUCAGAAGAUGUGUUUGAUGGACACUCACUGGGAUCUACAGACAGCCAAGUGAAGGAGAAGUCUACUAUGAAAGCUAUUUUGGCUAACUUUUUACCUGGAAACAACUAUAACCCCAUUCCAUUUCCCUUACCUCUCCCAAGGGUUGGACUCAAAUUGGCAUUGUUUGGGUGUAGGUCAGGUUCAAUGGCUACUGCAUGUGCCCUCAAGCCCCCCUCUCAUGUGAAAAUGGGCAGACUGGAAAGUCAUUCAGCUACUUGCGAGCCAGAUAAGCACUACCUAAUGUAUGAGCAUGAACGUGUGCCUAUUGCAGUCUGUGAGAAAGAACCAAGCUCCAUCAUAGCUUUUGCUCUCAGUUGCAAGGAGUACAGAAAUGCCCUGGAUGAGUUGUCCAAAGCAUCUCUGAAGAACAGUUCUGAAGAAGGACUACAGCCAAACAGCAUGUCAGACAGCAAACCAAAGAGCAGUAGCCCUGUCCGCCUGCCUGAGGCUAACGUGGGUUCUUCAAAUCGCGGUGCAGAACCAGAACAGCCAAAGAAACCAUCUGGUGUUUUGUCUUUCUUCCGUGGCACGGGAGGGAAGAGCCCAGACCUGUCCUCCCAGAAGAAAGAGACCUUACGUGGUGCUGACAGCGCUUACUACCAGGUUGGGCAGAUGGGCAAGGAGGGAGCAGAAAACCAAGGAGCAGAGUCUCAAGAUGAUGUAGAUGGAGGAGAUGGACAAAAGAAACAGCUGGUGAAUCCCCAUGUGGAACUCCAGUUUUCAGACGCGAAUGCCAAGUUCUACUGCCGGAUUUAUUACGCUGGGGAGUUUCACAAGAUGCGUGAAGUGAUACUGGGGAGCAGUGAAGAGGAUUUCAUCCGAUCCCUCUCUCACUCCAUGCCCUGGCAGGCACGAGGUGGCAAAUCUGGGGCUGCGUUCUAUGUGACUAAGGAUGAUAGAUUCAUCUUGAAGCAGAUGCCUCGUCUGGAAGUCCAGUCGUUCCUUGACUUUGCUCCGCACUACUUCACUUACAUCACUAAUGCAGUUCAGCAGAAGAAACCCACAGCACUGGCCAAAAUCCUGGGGGUAUAUCGAAUUGGAUACAAGAACUCUCAAAACAACACUGAAAAGAAGCUGGAUCUGCUUGUCAUGGAAAACCUUUUCUAUGGCAGGAAGAUGGCUCAGGUUUUUGACCUGAAGGGCUCCCUCCGGAACAGGAAUGUUAAAACAGACACAGGCAAGGAAAGCUGUGAUGUAGUCCUAUUGGAUGAGAACCUCCUGAAGAUGGUCCGGGACAAUCCUUUGUACAUCCGUUCCCACUGCAAAGCUGUCCUGAGAGCUUCCAUACACAGUGAUUCACAGUUUCUCUCCAGCCACCUCAUCAUUGACUAUUCCCUGCUGGUGGGUCGUGAUGAUACCAACAAUGAGCUGGUUGUUGGGAUCAUUGACUACAUUCGCACUUUUACCUGGGACAAAAAACUUGAAAUGGUGGUGAAGUCAACUGGCAUCUUGGGAGGACAAGGUAAGAUGCCAACUGUGGUCUCUCCAGAACUGUACCGGACCAGGUUUUGUGAAGCUAUGGACAAGUAUUUCCUGAUGGUGCCAGACCAUUGGACAGGACUGGGCCUGAAUUGCUAAGCUAAAGCCCAUAUUGGGAAAGCACAAAAGGACAAUGACAUUAUAGGCCACUCUUUUCCUGUGGUCUGUCCAGCAGUAAGCAAGAGGAUUGCAGUUCCAUGUUUACACUGACCACGUGCAUCAUGUUGUGAAGUAGGAAAUUUGCUUUUUGCACUUUAAUCCUCUCCUGGAGGCUGAUAAGCAAACCAGCCUAGCUAAGGAUCUGAGCUGUAAGGUACCACUGGACAGCAUUGAUAAGAGACAUUCCCUCCGUCAGUAGGGAAGGUGAUGCUAUCUCCAUGUAAGAGCACUGAAACGGAUACUUUCCAGUUCAUGAUGGUGUAGAAGAACCUGAUCUCUCUAAGUCUUGCACUCCCUAAGCGGAGUUCAGUAUGAGCAGCUCAUGUUUCUGUAGUGGACGCGUGAUACUGCAAAUGUGAAAUAAACCCCCCGAUGGGUGGGUGAAUGAGAGAAGAAUGAAGUCAGUUCCUGAGUUCUGCUAUUGUUGCGGUGGUCUGUAGUUGACCUGUUUAGGAUCCAUGAAUAACUUGUCCUCCUUAUGCUCUGUAGCUUUUUCCUGGGUUCUGUCAACAGUAUUUUUGUUAAAGGCAGCUCCACAGCUGUAAUGCUGUAUCACUGUAUCUUUUAAGUUAUAUUACUGCAGUACAACUGUGUUUAUCUGUCAUCAUUUCAUUUUAGCUGAAUCCCACAAAAAUGGGUUUUCAGUCAUCACUGUACUGCGCAACCUGAAACAUAUUCCUUCAAUCCUAAACAGUACUUUGAUCUGAAUGUUGCCUGAAUCCCUAAAAAUACCCCCGUUACCCUUUCCUUAGCAGAAGGCACUAAGUUGCUAGACAAAAUGAAGCAUUACUGCCUUAGAGUGACAACGUUCUCCUUAAUGAAACCAUCGUUCCUGGCAGAUCACUCCGAAUCCAUUUCAGUUCCCCGGGACUGUCAAACAGCGCUUUUACCUCAUGGUGAAACUUUGCCAGGACAAUGUCUGUCUUGCAUUCGUGACACGCUGAUGAGAAUGAGCAUCCAGAUCUCAUCCCACUGUGCAGUCCUAAUGGGAAAACUGUUUCUUCAGCAGUAUUAGAUUUUUCUUUUUGCACCACUGAGAUGAAUGUAGUCAUUUUUUUUCUGAAAAAAAACCAAAACAAACCAAUAAAGACCUGAACUAACAGGUAUCUUGUAUGAUGGAUAAGAUGCGCAGAGAUCUGUGAAUCUCUGUUAUGACAAUAAGCACUUCUUUCCAUUUUUAUUAAUUUUUACCUGUUUUUGUAGGUGAAGAGUUUACUUUUUAGCUCCACUAUAAUGUAGGCCAGUAAAUAAGAUGGUUUUUUAUGACUUUAAGAGGGAAGAAUGCUGUCUUUUGACUUCUAGUCUGUGAUGGAAGGGCUUCAAACAAGCACGGAGUCUGGGACAGCGUAGCUCUUUAUGACCACCUGCUCAUUCUGACCAGUUGCCUGGUAAUGCAAUCUUCACUAUACCUGUGGAUUCAGCUGUGCGUUUCGUUCACUCCUGUGUUCAGUGUUUCCUUCAGCAGCAGACGGUGCUGGCUCUGUUCAGGACACAGGAGAACACCAGCAGGGAGAACUGAACUGCUGGCUCCUAAAACAGCCGGUGCAGCUCAGGUCUGAAGAGUCAUUGGUGUUGGAAGUCGUCACGCUCCUCCAUUGCAAAGCCCGGUUGGAAGAUGAGCAGAGAUGCUGACCUUGAAGCAAUAGAAAUGAAAGUAUUCUCACUUCCUCUGUGCAGUGCAGUCGCUAUUUCUGCGGGUGCGGUGUUGAAGGCUGCAGUGAUGUGUGCUGUGGGAAGGCGACACAGUGCUCUUUGCUUCCUUUUGAAUCCCUCGGUCCAACACAGUGCAUCAGGUACAGCUGGCACUUCUGGGACACGUCUUGCCUCCUGUGUUGAAACGCACUCUCAGGAUGGCUGGCUGUGUGUGGGACCUCCUGUAAUGAGGAACCAACCAGUCCAUCAGCUCAAUACUGCUCUCAUUUUCUGUGCUUCUACCUUCUGCCUUGGUCCAUCAAUGUGAAAGAGCAUGCCAUGCAGCCCGAUUCUUUUCUAGUCUCAGUUUACAUGUGUUGUUCUUUCCCUCCUAGAGUUUACAGGGGAAAAAACUUGACUUGCUUGACCAGCUAAGGUGACCCUACAGCAGCUGGUUAUGUUAUGUUAUGUUAUCUUCCAUGUUUGUCAGUCUGUGGAUUGGUUGAUGGAACAGGAUGCAGCUGACAGGCUGGUCCUGACCAAACUGGAGUGAAGAGCAAACUAUUAAUCAUAAGUAACACAGUAGCUGCAAUAUCAACUGGAAUUGGGACAUUUUUUGGGUGCCAUGUGACACAAACCUGUAAGCAUUUCUAGUUCAAAUCCCAGCAGCUGAACAGAUCGCCUCAAACCAUUCCCUUUUCAGAAUAAGAGUCGUCCUGGCAUUUCACUAGCUACGAAGCUGGCUGUCUCAAAAGGAGAGUGAUACUUUGUGCAGAAGAGACCUUUGAGAGCUCCUUGUGGGGUGUUGUGUCCCUGCAGCAUGCCUAAGGAUGUCCUGGGGGAAGGCCCUAAGUAUUACAUAAGCCUUUUGAUUAGAUUUUUUUUAAAAAAUUCCUUUAUAGCACAGGUUUAGCAUAUACAUGUGUAAACAAAUCCCAGUUGCAAAUGAAGACUGCAUUUCUUCAGAGCUACACUGGCUCUUCUGUUGUUUUGAUCUGAUGCCUUGUGACAAAUGUCUCAAUCUUGUCACAGUCAGAAGCGGUGACUUGCUUUGAGUCGUCAUGCGGACAGUAGAAUGCCUUGUUGCAGCUUAGUGAUGCGUUCUGUCCCCAAAAGCACACGAGGGACACUCACUGGGUAAGUAGCUCUGCUGGGCUCAGGGGAGUUACUUGUGGAGUGGACGCUCCUCUGUGAGAAUGACCAAAACCAAACGAAUCACUCACUAGCAGGUGGCCAGACUGAUCGUUAUUCAAAGCACUUAAUGUACCAUAAUGUAUGUAUUUCUAAUCUACCUUGGUUCAGCUGUAUUUUAUAAAACUGAUGUACUAAACUGUUUGAGAAUAACUGCCUUGACUACUCGGAGAAUCAAAAUGUAAUGUAUAUAGAUGCAAAUAAAGUGACUAAAAUGGA